CUCCUCUCCUCUCCCCUCACACACACACGCACAGGGCUCCCGCUCCCCUCAGGAGGGCGGCUGAGGAGGGGCCGCCGCCGUUCCCACGGCUCCCCCCGCGCCGUUUGGCUGCCGGGGGGCCGCGCUGGCCUCCCGGGGACCCGGCAGCCGCCGGGCCGGGCCGGGCCGGGCCGGGCUGGGCGCAGCGGGGCGGCCCCGCCAUCGCUCGGCGGGGGAGCAGCGGCGCCCCAAAAACCGCGGCGAGGCGCAGCGGGAGAGAGCGGCGGAGCCGCCCCGCUCUCUGAUCGCCCCUCCGCCAAGGCAGCCGGAGACGGGGGGAGAGAGGCGCAGAGGGAGCCGGGGCACGGCGGCGGAGCGGCCGGGGAUGCCGCCGAGCAACUUGCGCUGAUGCCCUGGGAAGCGUGAGGAGGCGGCCGGCCCCUCUGCUCUCCUCUCCUCUCCCCUUCCCGCCCCCGGCGGCGGGGCAGGACCCUCCGCCAUGGCAAACUGAAGCCCCUCGGCGCUGCCUCCGGCCGGGGAUGCGGGGCCCCGCGCGGCGGGGACGGCGGAGGGGGCAGUCGAGGACGGAGCCGCUGAAGGAGCCGCUGAGGACGGAGCCGCCGAAGGAGCCUCUGCGGGGCUGAGGGCGCCGGGAGGAGCGGGGCGCGACCCCCGCCGCCGCCGCCUCGAAGUUGCCGGGGCUCUCUCUCUCCCUCCCGCCGGGGCUCUCCCGGUUGCCGGAGCUCUCCCGGCGCCGCCGCCCCCCUCGGCAGGGCGGCACGAGGGCUGCCGGCACCGCCGCCCGCCGCCGUGCCCCGGGACCCCGCCGGUGGAUGUGCCGGAGCCCGGCGGGGCGGCGGGCGGUCGGGGGGGGCCCCCGGCGUCCUCCGCUGGCCUGAAGGAGGACGGGGAGGGAGCCUCGGCGGGCCGAGGACGAGGGGAGCCCGGCGGGGACCAGCCAUGGGGUGUCGUGAAGCGAGGGGGCUGCUCUGGAGACUCGGCCUCUUCCUCCCCCUGCUGACUGCGCGCCCCGCCGACGGCGGUCACGGAGCCGCCAACCAAGUUGUGUUGCUUGAUACUACAGCUGCCCUUGGAGAACUAGGAUGGAAAACAUUUCCUUUAAAUGGGUGGGAUGCCAUAACUGAAAUGGAUGAACACAAUCGUCCCAUUCAUACAUACCAGGUAUGUAAUGUGAUGGAACCAAACCAAAACAACUGGCUGCGAACAAACUGGAUCUCCCGUGAUGCUGCACAGAAAAUUUAUGUGGAAAUGAAGUUUACCCUGAGGGACUGCAACAGUAUUCCGUGGGUACUGGGAACCUGCAAGGAAACUUUUAAUCUCUACUACAUGGAAUCAGAUGAGUCUCAUGGAUUAAAAUUCAAGCCAAACCAGUACACUAAAAUUGAUACUAUUGCAGCUGAUGAGAGCUUUACCCAGAUGGACUUGGGUGACCGCAUUCUUAAACUCAACACAGAAGUUCGUGAGGUUGGGCCAAUAAACAAGAAAGGAUUUUAUCUUGCUUUUCAAGACAUUGGAGCGUGCAUUGCUUUGGUCUCAGUCCGUGUUUAUUACAAAAAGUGCCCUUUCACGGUCCGUAACUUGGCCAUGUUUCCUGAUACUAUUCCAAGGGUUGAUUCUUCCUCUUUGGUGGAAGUGCGGGGCUCCUGUGUGAAGAGCGCUGAGGAACGUGAUACUCCAAAAUUGUAUUGUGGAGCAGACGGGGAUUGGCUUGUGCCUCUUGGACGGUGUAUCUGCAGUGUAGGAUAUGAAGAACUCGAUGGUUCCUGCCACGCUUGCAGGCCUGGAUUCUAUAAAGCAUUUGCUGGAAAUGUAAAGUGCUCCAAGUGCCCUCCACAUAGUUUGACCUAUGUUGAAGCAACUUCUGUCUGUCAGUGUGAGAAGGGUUACUUCAGAGCUGAGAAAGACCCACCAACUAUGGCAUGUACCCGGCCACCUUCUGCUCCUAGGAACGUGAUUUUUAACAUUAACGAAACAGCUCUCAUGUUAGAAUGGAGCCCCCCAAGUGAUACGGGAGGAAGAAAAGACCUCACUUACAGUGUCAUCUGUAAGAAAUGCGGGUCGGAUGCCAGCCAGUGUGAGAUAUGCGGGGGAGGCAUCCGCUUCAUCCCCAGGCACACAGGUCUCAUCAACUCCUCCGUGACGGUGCUGGACUUUGUGUCGCAUGUCAACUACACCUUCGAAAUAGAGGCUACGAAUGGUGUCUCAGAGCUGAGUUUCUCCCCCAAGCAGUUCACAGCUAUCACAGUUACCACGGACCAAGAUGCACCCUCCUUGAUAGGUAUGGUAAGGAAGGACUGGGCUUCCCAAAACAGCAUUGCCCUCUCCUGGCAAGAGCCGGACUUUCCCCAUGGAGCCAUUCUGGACUACGAGAUCAAGUACUAUGAGAAAGUCUACCCACGGAUAGCGCCGGCAUUUUGGCACUACCUGCGGGUAGAAGAGCAUGAGCAGCUCAGCUAUUCCUCCACAAGGUCCAAGGCUCCAAGUGUUAUCAUCACAGGUCUCAAGCCAGCCACCAAGUAUAUAUUUCAUAUCAGAGUCAGGACGGCAGCAGGAUACAGCGGCUAUAGCCAGAAGUUUGAAUUUGAAACUGGAGAUGAAACUUCUGAUAUGGCUGCAGAGCAGGGACAGAUUCUUGUGAUUGCCACUGCUGCUGUUGGUGGAUUCACUCUCCUGGUCAUCCUCACUUUGUUCUUCCUGAUCACUGGAAGAUGCCAGUGGUACAUAAAGGCCAAAAUGAAAUCUGAAGAAAAAAGAAGGGCUCACUUGCAAAAUGGACAUUUACGUUUCCCAGGAAUCAAAACAUAUAUUGAUCCAGACACAUAUGAAGACCCAUCUCUUGCUGUCCAUGAAUUUGCAAAGGAGAUAGAUCCCUCAAGAAUUCGCAUUGAGAGAGUCAUUGGGGCAGGUGAAUUUGGAGAAGUAUGCAGUGGACGGCUGAAGACACCAGGAAAAAGAGAGAUACCUGUUGCAAUUAAAACUCUGAAAGGUGGCUAUAUGGACAGGCAGAGAAGAGAUUUCCUGAGAGAAGCUAGUAUAAUGGGGCAAUUUGAUCACCCAAAUAUAAUUCGCCUUGAAGGAGUUGUUACAAAAAGAUCCUUUCCGACCAUUGGGGUGAAGUCUCUUUCGAGAUUCCUGAGGGCGGGAUUUUUAAAUAGCAUCCUGACCUCACAUCCAGUGUCAGGGGGUGGAUCUUUACCCCCCAGCAUUUCCUCUGGCAGACCAGUAAUGAUUGUAGUUGAAUACAUGGAGAAUGGAUCCCUUGACUCCUUUCUGCGGAAGCAUGACGGUCACUUCACAGUCAUCCAGCUGGUUGGCAUGCUGCGGGGAAUUGCAUCAGGCAUGAAGUACCUCUCGGACAUGGGCUAUGUACACCGUGAUCUGGCAGCCCGUAAUAUCUUGGUCAACAGUAACCUUAUGUGUAAAGUCUCCGAUUUUGGUCUCUCACGAGUGUUAGAGGAUGAUCCUGAAGCUGCUUAUACAACAAGUGGUGGAAAAAUCCCCAUACGGUGGACUGCUCCUGAAGCUAUAGCUUACCGUAAGUUCUCUUCAGCAAGCGAUGCAUGGAGCUAUGGGAUUGUAAUGUGGGAAGUGAUGUCCUACGGUGAGAGGCCAUACUGGGAGAUGUCCAACCAGGAUGUUAUCCUGUCUAUUGAAGAAGGUUACAGGCUUCCAGCUCCCAUGGGCUGCCCGGCUUCUCUUCACCAACUAAUGCUUCACUGCUGGCAAAAGGAGAGAAACCACCGUCCAAAAUUCAGUGAUAUCGUCAGCUUCCUAGACAAACUGAUCCGCAAUCCAAGCACCCUUCAUACCCUAGUGGAGGAUGUACUUGUAAUGCCAGAUUCACCUGGUGAAGUUCCAGAAUAUCCUUUGUUUGUUUCAGUUAGUGAUUGGCUGGACUCCAUAAAAAUGGGUCAGUAUAAAAAUAACUUCAUGGCAGCAGGUUUCACAACUUUGGAUAUGGUUUCAAGAAUGAGCAUUGAUGACAUUAGAAGGAUUGGAGUUGUACUCAUUGGACACCAGAGACGAAUAGUAAGCAGUUUACAGACUUUGCGGUUACACAUGAUGCACAUACAGGAGAAAGGAUUUCAUGUAUGAAAGUACUGGGAUCAACUGUGUUUUGUGCCUCAGCAUUUCUAAAAUGGAAAAUAUUCUCAUUCUUCCCUUCUGCUCUUCCCAACUUCAAGAACUGCAGUCUCCUGGUUAGACUCUAAAAGUACUUCUAUGUUAAUGCUUCCAAACUGGAAUUUUUAAUCACACUGCAUAGUUCCUCCGUCAGUUAUCUGCCAAUAAAAUCCUGGCCUACUGCAAGACUCUUGCUACACAUUGAUGAAUAACUCAGCAUGGAUGUGUAACUUUGUAUAACAGUAUUUGGGAAACUUUGAUGAACUCACUUGAAAGUAGUAAUCUAUUUGGCCUGGUGUGGCUUCUUUAUCGAUGUAUUUAGAGUUUGCUGGUAGAUCAAAACGUAUUUGACUUCUUUCAUGUUCUGUGACCAUGUAACUUCCAAUACCAAAUGUGCAAUCAAGAAGUUUAACAUAAAUAUUUAUUUAUAUCUUAUUUUAUCUCUUAAUUAAAUCCAAAUGUAUGGGUCUUAUCGUUAUAUUACUUUAUAAUAGUUUAAAUGCUGGUAAGCCAGUGCCUCAAAAUGCUAGUAUUGUUUGCAGAAAUGACUGAUGAUUUUAUAUAGCAAGUUUUCAUUAUGUAGAUAAUUGGGAGGAUAGUGAGAGAUCUGACUGAAAUUUUCAGGUCCUUGAUUCUGAAUUACUUUAGCACUCGACACUUUUUAUGCUUUAAGUUUUAGAUUAGGUUGGAAAAUUUAUUCAUCUUUUGUAUUCUUCACCACCCUAGACCUUUUUUAAUACUCAGCAUUUGCUUCUACUCUGUGGCAAAUUGUCACCAGAAAACUGAUUGUAAUAUUUCCAUAACCACAUGUAAAACAUGGUUUUCAGCUAUGUUGUGGCCACAUAGACUUCAGAAAGUUUUCUGUUCCAAAAAUGCAGGCCUCCACGACUUGAACUCAACGUGGCAGUAGACCUUUGAGGGUCAGCCAUCAGUGGGGUGAUAUGCCUUAUCCCACAGGAGCAGAUCAGCUGUAGCAUCAUCCAAUAGAGGGCAGUGGUACAGCCACAGACUAAUGCUGGAAGUAUGCUCUGUGGUAUUCGAUUAUAUUGUACGUAGGCAGAAAAGGAGACAUAGGACAGCAGUGUAAUAAUGUGUUGCCUUGAGUCUACUUCUAACUGCUUUUAGAAGUGAAAAGCGGACUCUGCUGAAAUGGAGUUCUGGUUGCCAUGGGCCAGAUCUUCAUUUAGUACAAAUAUCUAAAUGACAUCGAAGAUAAUUACCUUUAACUCUUCAAUAGCCAUAUUUACAUGCAAGAAAAUGGCUGCAAAGGCCUACCAUAAUAUUUGUACCUCUCUAAGUCUUACAGAUUUCAUGUUUUAAUCAGACAAUUAACACACUUGUGCUGGGCUACAUUUCCAAACUUUUGCAUGGAUUAUGCGCUAGUAAGAGCCUGGGGCAUGUCUGCAAGCUGGAGAAGUCACACACAGAUCUACAUGCAUGUCACAUGUAAAUGGGGUACAGAUGCUUUUGUUAAUUUAUACAUGGUUUGGAGGACAUUCUUAAGUUAUGUGGCAUUUCAAUAUACUUAGGCAUUACAAAUUUUCAGUUAAAUUGUGCAUUUGAGUAAUUAGUAAUAAUAUAUAUGUACAUCAAAAUGAACUAACUAAUUUAUGUAAUCAUAAUAAUAUUUACUGCUUAAUUUGCAGAUUGUAAAUCAAAUCGUAUUUCCUGACUCCUGAAAAAGGCUGCUGGUAUAUGCCAGUGGCAAGAAGGAAAAGCAGAAAGCAACUCAGAAAAGAUUAUGCUUCCAACUGGUUCACAGAGUAGGACAUGCUAGGCCUGAUUCACUGUUGUUACUUUGUUUUGGAAUAAUUUCCUUAAUUUACAUGGGAUAACAAUAGUGAACUGAGUAAAUUUUCCUUUCUUCCAUUAAAAAAAAAUAGAUUUAACUGAGGAACAAGUUUUCUAAAGAUAAGGAUUCACCAGUGUUCUACAAUGUCAACUUGGUAAACAUGUUUUAGAGAAGGGCACUACCAGUCUUAUACUGGCCACAAAGGUAAUUGUAUCAGCGUGAGUAGUCCCACUGACCUCAGUAGGACUAGCAUGUUUGUUCUAGCAUGUGUGUUUUGCAGGAUCACAGGCCUUUAGUGGAGAAAAAAAAAAAAAUGUUCUUAUCUGUGACUGUCACUUAAAAAAUUCUGCCCCAAUUCUACAUUUGAAUUUUUGUGCUGUUGUUAAGGGUUCCCUUACAGAAAGAAAAUCAUACUUACCUGAAACCUUUUAAAAAACAGUAACAUCACAGGGUAAUCUAAAACUCGCUUUUCCUUUCUUAUGGUUUUCCGUUUUGCUUGUCAUUGCUUUCACGGCCAACAACAUGACAUCUGUGGAAGGAGCCUCUCUCACAUGUAAACAUAUUACUGAGGAGGUAUGAAUCUGUUAUUUGUCAAUGGGGUUUCAAAAUUACUCAUAACUAAUGCAGACCAUAUGCGUGCACUUUUAAAUUCUCCUUUGCACAUUUAUUCGUUCCUGGUAGUGUGUAUGCAAAGCAGUACGUUACAUGCACACAACCUGGAUAUAUUUCAUGGAAAUUAAUUUCCAAACUUAUCACACUACUGAAAAUAUAUUUUCAAUAGAAAAAAUAUAGUAACAAUAUAAAAACAUUUAUUAAUCAGAUAUAUUUUUUAUAUAAACAAGAGUAUGGGUAACCAUAAAGGAAAGAAGAAGGGAUUCUUUUGGUGUGGAUAUUUAUUAAAAACAUUGUAUAUCCAGGAUUUUGUGGGUUCAUAUGGCUUUUGUUUCUGUUGUUGUGGAGGUGCAAUAUGACACUUUUAUAGUAGUUACUUUGAUCAGAUUUACAUUUGCUCCAUUUUGGAAACAUCUUAUUUGCUCUUGUUAUGCUUCCAAGCCUACUCUUCCAUGUUAUUCAGCACAAAGAGAAGUGCUACUAUUUUGUCUGUUUAAGUGUCUUUUUGUUCAUUUAAAAACAAAGGCAAACAAAAAAAUAUUCAAGAAAAAAAACAGGUGAUGUUUCUCAAAUGCGAGCCAAAUUCUGUGCAAGCCACAAGUGUAUAUGUGAAAUUGAAGUUACUUUUUUUUUUUUUUUUUUAAAGGGGAUACUUUCUUCAAGUGAAUAUUACUCUAGUUAUCCUGCAUAUUGCAGUGUGCAGUUACAGUUCAAACCUAACAAAUUCAAGCAAAUCUAGUGUGCUGGUUUUGAAGAUCUGGCCAACAUUGCACAGUGCUUCAUGACGAAAAGUACUUGUUGAAAGUUCACAAAAUAAAAUGUGCAUGACGUGCAAGCCAAAAAUAAAAAAUAAAAAGGGGCGGGGGGGGGGGGGGGGUUAAAAUGUGGACAUAAGGAAAUAGUUCCAAGUUAGUUAUUUCUAAUAAUACAGUAAUAUCCAUGUGUAGGUUUUUCUCACAGAUCUGAUAUUUAUCUAGAACAAACUCCAUCUAUUUGUAUUGUUACCACUACCUGUGUACCACUUAAGCCUAUAAAAGAUAGCUUAAGUGAGGGUCUUGACUGCUGAACAGAAUUGGAUUAGGGUCUCUUGGUCAACGAGGGCAUUGCCCCAGCUGUCCAUCACUUGCCAACCACAGUGCUUCCAAAUUUGACUGACAAGAAACUUGGAUGUUCAUGCAGCCAAGAGGGGCAGGAUGGAAACCAUGUCAGUCAUCCUUACUCAAGCCAUCUUCAUGUGUCAGUCAGAGCCCUGGGACCUACUGAGGGGAAUUCUUAUCACCUAAUUUUGGAGGUUUGUAUUUGAGCUAGUCAUCUGAGGUUCUGUUUUAAUCAAUGAAGAGAGCUGGGCCUUGUAGUAUUCACAUACUGACAAAUGUCAUCUGACAAAUGUAGUUACUUACUUUGGGGUGAGAUGAAUUGUGCCAGAGAAGCACCUGAGACCAGAAUGACUAGCUCAUAUACAGGCACCUGCAUUUAGUCAGAUGAAUCUCAUGCAUUGACGGUAUUUAGUCCUUGUGCUGAACCUUUGAAAAAGAGAGGACCUCAUCUGUAAUGCUGGUGUUAAACAAAUAACAGCAGAUUUAGUCGACUUUGACAUGAGCUGUUUGCAUACUCUUUGGAAUUAUUGAGAAGCAAUGGGACUGCAUGGAAGAGAAUUGAGCUAUGUAAUUUAAAUUUUUCUUAAACCUAAGUAACCUUUUUUGUUUCCCAUGAAUAUAAAUUCAGUACCUGUCUAAUAAAAGCUUAACUGCAUGCUGUGGUUUAAUACAUCAGGAUCAGGCAAUCCUGUAACUGCAAACAGUACACUAAACAAUGAAUUCAGAUAACUUAAUUGCUCUUGACAAAGACUUCUGCAUCUCAAGUUCUUUUAAGUAUUAGCUAGUUUAUUCUGAUAUGGGACUCAUAGACAGUAGUACUUUGAUUUUUUUGUAAUUUAAGACUGACUAUCCAUUUUCCAUUUUUAUAGAUACGAUGAACCUAAUCAUGGACUCCAUUAAAUUCAUUUUCAAUGCAGAUUCAUGCAUGGCCCAAAUGUGUGUCAUAAGUAACACGCAGAUGCCCUUUAUUCAGAUGCAGUAGAUUUACUAUGUGGAACAGCUGGGACUGUCGAGGUACUUAGUAAGAGUGUAUUUACCACAGCAAUUUUGAUGUUAGAAUAACCCCGUGGGACUAUGUCGAACACCAAGGUAAAGCAGCACAGAAUGUACUUUAACUUGUAGUGAAGGUCAGUUACUGAAUUUCAGCUGGCCCCACUGCAAAUUGAGGCCUGUAUUUAGCUAUUGUAACUGAGCUGAUGGACUGAUUCUGCAUGGAACAUCCAGGCAGCCGAGAAUUUCUUUUUAUGAACACGGGAUACCUGUAACUACUCCUUCAUGGGCUCAGUCUGUCUCGGCAUAUGUCCUGCAUGGAGGGGGAAGGAGGGCUCACUUCUACUCCAGUCCAACACAUCUCUUAGAGUAACAAAAGCCAGAAUAACCGUAAAAAGGCUUUAGUCUACUGCAUCUUCUAGGAAAAGUAUUAAAAUAGAGAUACUUCAUUUAUCAUAGCAUUUGCACAUGGCUGAAGAGCACUGUAUUGUGUUAAACUGUUUUCUUCAAGAAUACCCUUGCUCACCAACUGUAAUGAAUCCUGAAUAAAUGGCAAAAAUAAUCUAUUUUCUUCCUUUAUUAACAGUACUAUUGUAAUAUUUUGAGAGUAAGAGAAAGAUCUGUUAGGCUGAGCUAACACCGAGUAUGACAGUGGUCUGGAAAUCUGGAGAGAUGAAUGAAUCAUCACUGAAAAGGAAAAAGAAAUCUAAAAAGACUAGACCAUAGUGAAAAAAGAACUGUCCUUAUGUGCCAAGGAACUCUAACACACACACACAAAAAAAAAAAACUUGCACAAGACAGUUCCAUGUAUUUAGAGCUCACAAAUAUUUUCUGCCAUCAUAUACCGUAUUUAGUAGUGCAUACUGCUCAUCCAUUAGUGCUAUGGUUGUAUAUAGAUCCUCAGAUUAUGGACUAGGAUAUGUUGAGUACGUAAUGGAUAUAAAAAAUGUGUGGAUAUGUACAUAGAGAAUUGUAAAUAUGUAUAUCAUAAUGUCUGAGAUUUUCCAAGCAUACAGAACUUAAUUACAUAGCUCCCAAUAAUGAUAAUGGGGUUGACCUGCUCCAUUGGCUUUUAAAAUUUUAAGCAGCCUGCACUCUAUUUGUGUAGUACCUCCCAAACUUCCUUGGCUUGUUUUCUGGAAAUGGACAGCCUCUCUUUUUCAAACUAGUUUACAGAAAACUGUCUGGUCACCUGAUGCUGACCCUUCUGCCACCACCACACUGAAUCUUUCUCUACUGAUUCUUUUCCAUGCAGCUAAUUACUGUAGAAAUUAUCAACAAUCAUAAAGGGGAAAAGAGGUGUCCAUCAGCUGGCAUCUUUGGUAAGAUGUUGUCCAUCCUAUAAAAAAGUUGAGUCCCUCUGCUGAUGUCACCAAAGAGUUUAAACAGUAUAUAAGUGAUUUUCUUUUAAGUAGCCAUUUUUAGACUCUUCUGAGGUUAAAAUGAAGGAAAUCUUAAAAGGAAUAUGAGUAAUAAUAUGCCAAUAUAUACUAUAAAAAGAUGUGUUGAACUUUAGAAAGGAACAUAAAAUUCUUAAUGAAAGAACACGAAGCUAAAAAAUGAGUAAAUUGAAAAAAAAAUCCACCUUUUAUAUGUGAAAUAACACCAGUUCACAUUUACAUUGUGAAAUCUAUUGGUAUGUUUCUUUGAAUAUUCUCUAUCAGUAUCUCUUACCUUUCUUUGCUGCAGUAAUUUCCUACGUAUAUCUCUCUUCCAGAAAGUUUUAGCAUAUUAUCUGAAUUUUCAUAUCUUUGCAAUUAAACUGAAAUAAAAAAAUGCAAAUUCAUGACAUUGAAGAUAUGGAAAAUAUAUUAAUGAGUUCAGUCUCAAAAUCAUUUCAAGCUUUCACAGUUUUCUGCUUUGUCCAUGUCUAAAUUUUUUACUUAUGUCUAAGUGUCUUAGUAUUUGACUAGUUAGUAACUAUAUGUGUGUCCCAGAAAUAAUGUAUGUACUGUGCCAUGUUCAAAAACUCCUGUAUCUUUAAACAUUUCAGUGCUUGUGCAGCUUAAUUCAUAUAGGAAGGCUGAUUAGGAAUUGGACUAUUUACAUGAAGAGUUGGGCACAAAGUGCUUGCAAAUGCAAACCCCUAUAAAAUAUUUGUAAGGCAUCAUGAAACAACAUUAUUUUGUCCUUUAACUUCAGUAACACACAUGGUUUCCUUUGGAGUCCAGCAUAUUUGCUGAUACUAUCAGAGGACUUACUGUUUCAUACAAGUUUGGGGGAAUGUUCAUCUCUAACAUGCAUAUCAGCAAGUUGAUUAAAAACUGGUUAAUAAAAUAUUUUAUACUGAUAAUUCUCAUUAUUGACAAUUCAGUGAAGAACUGCUAAGCAGCAUAUAUGUUGAGCAGUAGAUAAGCCAAACCCCUGGGACUGGUAACUCGCAAAUUACAAAGAGAUCUAGCUGUCUGUAUUACAAACUGUGUGAUGCCUGGGGCCCCAGGUGUUUAGAAAGUAACCUGGAAAAUCAAAUUUGGGGGAAGUCUGCUUUGGAAUAUUUACUUCUGGUUGUGAACUAUGAAAAAGUGCCCAUUGAAUCUGUAUAGGGAGCAUUUUCAUAGUAUCAUCGCAGCAUAAUGUUCUGAGGGUCCUCUACAGCAGUGAUUGGAAAAAAUCUAUUUGCUGGUUUUCCAGGGUCCAGCUUAUGAAAAUAAAUAAAUAAAUAAAUAAAUAAAUAAGGUACAAUUGUCAUAAUUUAAAUUAGAACUUCCAGUAAACAACAUUUUUCUUUUCUACACGCAUAACUGAAGAACUAUUUUUUCUUCAGAGGACUGAUACCUAUUUAAUAAUGGCUUACACACUGAAUUUUCAGUUUUCUCUUUUGCAGACUGAACUUUACUUGACAAUGACUGAGAGGCAAAAAGGAAAUGCUAAACAAGUAUUUUUAGCAAGGUGAAUGCUUUGAUUUGUAUAACUUACCAUUUCUUUAUGUACAAUAGGAUUAGCUGAAAAAAAAAAAAGACAAAAAAUACAGCCAAUGUUUCAAAUCUAUAGAUUAUUUUAGUUACUAAAUGCCAACUACACAAUUACAUUUUUGUCUUGGGAAGGUUCUACUCUAAAACACCAGGUGUUUCACAUUCUGAUGAAGGAUUUUAAUAAACUUCUUGAUUGAGUAAUUCCAGGGACAAUGGUGUAACUGUGUGAGGAGUUAAAUGUUUCUGUGUCAAUAGGCACUGUGUUGCUGUUACCAAAAUUCAUCAGUUUGUUACCGACUCCAGUGGCAGUAGGAUGAAGCCCUAUUUUAUACAUACAGUACGUAGGAUUCAGCUCUCCUAAUAAAUACUCCCUUUCUGCAUCCCACUACUGUCACAGUUGAUUUGUUGUUAAGGAACCAACAUUUAUUAGGACACAUGCUGUCUUAUCAUUCAAAUGCAUUGCUGAAACUUUUUGCUAGUUUUAAUUUCUUUGUUGAGAGUUUUGAGUAGAGAUGUAGCUUGGUCAUUCGGGGCAUAAUCCAAAUUCAGUUAAAUCCAUAAGAAGAUCUCAACAGACUGAAGUAGGUUUUAGAUCAAGGGUUUCUAAAGAUUUGCAUAGAACAGAUGGCCUGCUCUAACUGGGGGAAAGAGGGUGCACUGAUCAUAAAAGACAAUGCUGCUGCCUCAGCGAUGUGGGCACAUACAAGGUACAAAAAGUGGUUGCUACACUGUUGUUUUAUCUGGAAUGGGUUACCGCCACUGAGUUUGGAAUAAGUAUUUAAAACAAACUACACAUAUAAUAGAAAUACUGCAGUACAUAAUGUAAUUGCUUUGUGUUUUGUUUUUUUCUUUAGAAAGUCCCCCAAACUCCCGGAUUUAAAUUCAGGAUAAAGCUACCCUCCCUAUCAAGCAGAACUUACAGAGAAUACAACCUUUACUUGUAGGAUUUGUCUCUCUUUUCUUCCUAAACACACAACAUUAUACAAUAUGACCUCCCCUUCAUAAUAGCAAUUCUAGCUGAUUAUUUUCCUCUUUGAAUAAGCUCUGUUUCAUACUUCUAGUGCAUUGCAGUGUCAGGUUUGAGAUUUGCCAGUUAAUGAAAGGCACAGUAGCAAAUAAAAUAGAUAAUGUCCUCCUAGUGGUUCUGUUUACUGGACUCUUUCAUUAAUUCCAUAUUUCAAGAAAAACCUUCUACUCUAAAAUUCCUAACACGUGCCACAUCUUAAAACUUUUAGCCAUGAUUCUGUAUCAGCCUCUCCCCAAGAAACAGUUAGGUUUGAAUUGGCAGUAUAAAAUUUUUAAUACUAUUUCUUCUGCAGCAAUUUCUUCCAACUUUUCUUCACAAGGUAGAGGGCUAUUUCAGAUACGGGUGGGAAAAGUUGUUUCUUGCUUAACUCUCGUGAAGGAACUGGAUUCAGUCAGAACUUCAGUAGUAUGUGUUGUUCUUACCUAGAGCCUUGGGUGCAAUGUCAAAAUUCCCUCACAGUAUCAGUUUUGUCACACAUGAUGCUGCCAUGAUUGAAAACCCAGAGGCUAACAAAGGGGGCUUGCUCUUGUUUGGUGCGGUACAGCUCCUGUUGACUUCAGUAAUGAUGGCAGAUACUCUGCACUCCUCAGGAUUACAUCUGCAGUUUACCGAGGAAAAAAAAGGCUUAAAAAGAUCAUGUGAAACCAUGUUUACUGAAAGGCAGUGAUUUAUUUUCUAGCAAAGCAACCUUCAUUGAUCAAGUUGGAGUUAAAUGUUUUAAUUUUCUCAUCAUUUAAAAAAAAAAAAAAUCACUUGCAGGAAAAAAAAAAAUACAAGAAAAAUGUUUGAUUACCUUUCAAAUACUAGCUUAAUUUUUUGUAUAUUGGAAUAUAAUGUGGACGGUAUGUUUUCUCAGGAUAGCCUCUAUUUCUGUGUGUUGGUUUUAAACGUGUAUGAAUUAAAGAGGUUUUAAUCCCUGUCUCUUCUGUGAAAUUAGAUUGUACACAAAUAUGACUGCUCUUCAUAGUCUGCCGUUCUAGCAUAGCCAUAAAAUUUAUCAAUGUAUGUGUAUAUAUGAAUAACUAUUUGAUGACAGACACUUUAGAUUAUAUAUUUAAACAGCCAUGCCAAAACUUUAAAGGUAGACGGCUUCAAAAGUAACAGUAUAAUUGUAAUACUUGCAAACUAUUUUACAGACAAACCGUGGCCUCAGCCCAGAUCUCAUAUCCUUAUCAGUGCUCUGAAAAUCACCUUUCCUUUGAAGACCCCAGAUUGGUAACACUUGUUUUGCAGUUGCUUCUUUUCUUCUCACCAAGAUAUAUUUGAAUAAUGACAACUACCUGUAACUAAAUCCUCGCCAUUCAUCUCACGGAAAAGCAACCUUGGCACUGUUAUAUCUUCAUUGGUCUGAAUUUGUGUAGCACUGCACACAGCAAGCAAGAUCUACUAAUUCUGAGAGACUGAACAUUUCAUAGCUGGUAUAGUUGUUUUCCCCCUGGGACUGCCUCACUGCUCAGAAUGACUUUCUUCCUAUAGUACAACUCCCAAAUAUGCUCCAAGUGCAUUUUUUUUCUUUCUGUCUCUUAACCGGUUUAGAACAAUAUUGUAGGAAUAGCCAUGAAAUAAAAAGCUUAAUAUACUGAUCUGCAGUCCCAAGGGGAAUUUCCAUAAGAAGUGAAGUUGUUAUUUAUUUACUGAAAAGUGGUGUUAUCAUUUUUUAAAAUUCUAUUCCUAUGAUAAUAUGAUGUUCCAUGUAAAUUUUCACGUGCUGGCAUGCCUACAAGUUAAUAGUGUAAUAGAAUGCUCAGCUCUCAACAUUAGGGUGUUUUUAAGGUGAAUUGCAUUACAUAUGCCAUCUCUUUGCAGAAAGAAUAUGGGGUUUGGCAAAGCUACCUGCUGAGCAACAUAAUAAGAUUUUUGUACAAAGUACAAGUUACUGAUUAUUAUUGUAUUUUAUUUUUCUAUGAUUUCCUAAGAGGCAUUAUCAGGUCUUACAGAUGGGGUAAGCCUGUUUAUUAAGAUAUUUAUUAGCAAAUAAAAGUUACAGUACUGGUGGUUAUUUCUGAGUUAAUGGUGUUUGUUUUGCCUUAGGUUACUAACAUAAUGAUACACAGAGAAGCCUGUCAUACAUGAUCAUG